GCCCCCAUAGUUUAAAGGCACAGACCUACCCCAAUUUUAAACCUGGAGUUUUAGAAUGGUAAACCUGAGUCUCCGGGUAGAAAUGCAGAAACUGGGACCAAGGCAAGGGCAGUCCCUUCCUCUAGGCCACACUGGUUAAAUGGACCCGGAGCCCGUAUCUAGAUUCUGUCGCCAUUCUGCCCUCAAGUCCUCAGAGAACGACAGAAGUCAUGACUUGAGCACCUACUAAGUGCAAGACUGUGCUGCAUGUUGGAGAUGCAGACAACUACCCUCUGGAGCGUCUGGUCCCACAGGUUGUACACUGCAGGAGCACAUGCAGGUGCUGGGAGCAGGUGGGUUUGCCUCCAGACUCUGCAGCACUUUGUAAACUGCAUCCCUGCAUUGGGGGUGGUGGAGGGGGCGGCCUGCAGCGGCUCCCGAGGCCCAGCAGUGGAUCUGUGGUGAAAAGAUGGAAGAUAGGAGGGCCAGGGAAGGGAGGGAACUGGGGCUGCCAGUGGGCACACCCCCAACACCCCUCCCAGAAAGUUUCAAAGGCCCAGCCCAGAAAUUGGGCCUCUGCUGCCCUCUAAUGGAGGAAAGGCAGCCUCGGGAGCCCCCUGCUGGCACCCCACCAGCCUGGCUGCCCUAAGGAAUAGGGGAGGUGAAGACCCUGCCGGCCCAGACUUUUUAUUCCCGUAGAGUCUCGAGCUUCAUUUCCCGCAGCCUCUAAGCUAAACCCUCUCUCCUUCCAAGCUGCUCUGGCUUCCCUGCUUCCCGAGCACCCUCCAUCCCACCAUUUCUUCCGUUUCCUCUGUUGCCUGGGUUGCGAUUCUCGCACCCUGGUUCCUGGCUCUGCCAGGGUUCUGGUUCCGGAAGGCCCUUACCAGGCGCCUCCGGCCUAGCGCCCACCUGGGCCCAAGGCGGCGCGGAGGACAUGGGCAAGAACGUCUCCCCACUGGGGCAACUGAACAUCCGCAAGAGUGUACUGGGCUUGACCAUAGGCGCCGGGGCCGUCUACCUGCUCUACAAGGCCAUCAGGACUGGCAUGAAAUGCCAACAGCCCCUCUCUACCUCCUCGCCCACCUGCAUCGCCCGUGAGUGUCUGGGCCCUGGGGGCAGGACUUGGCUCCAGGAGGACCUGCUCCCCGGGGCCUCCAGUGUGGGAGGGCCCAGAGGCCUGGCCAUCGAGCGAGAGCGGCACGGGGGGGACUCGGGUGAGCUCCGGAGGCUUCUCAACUCUUUGGAGAACAGACACGAUGAGUACACCAAGGGCAUGAUCCUGCACAACAUCACCCGCUGUGUGUACUUGCUGGAGGCUGAGGCCUCUGCCUGUACUCCUGAUGACAUCAUGCUCGUGGGCUCCAUGCUGGAUGACAAGGACAACAGUGUCAAAAUCCAAGCUCUGAACACGCUGAAGGCUUUCUCUGGCAUCAGAAAAUUCAGGCUCAAAAUUCAGGAACACUUCAUCAAGGGCCUGGGGCUGGUAGGCACCAUCUGGGAAUCGGAGGUGCACAUCGGUGGGCUUAGGGUCCUCAACAACCUUCCACUGGCUGAAUUCGUGCACCCCCAGCUGCCACGGGGGAUGCCUGCCUUGAUGGAGAUUCUUCAGUCAGAAUAUCACAUGGGACAGGUGCAAGCCAUACGACUGCUGAGCCACCUGGCACAGAAGAAUGACCUUCUCUAUGAUAUUCUCAACUGCCAGGUGCACACCAACUUUCUGAACCUGUUCCAGGUCAAACAGCCAGGGAGUCUGCUGUUCGAGGUACUGGUGUUUGCCGAGCGGCUGAGUGAGGGCCGGAACACGCCACACUACCGUGCCGUGAAAUGGCAUUACAACGAACAGUCUCUGCAUGAAGCUCUCUUUGGGGAAAAGUCACGACUGGCAGACCGGCUGCUCGCCCUGGUCAUCCACCCGGAGGAGGAGGUUCAGAUCCAGGCCUGCAAGGUCAUAGUCAGCCUGCAGUGCCCCCAGGACAUAAGAGGGCGGUCCUCUUCCUGCAUGACUGGUCAUCCCUGCUUUAAUGGUGGGGAAUAAAAGUAAGGAGAGCCAAUAAAUGAGUAUGGGAGAGACGCUUGAGGAGCAGUGUCUGUCCAGGGCCUCCAGGGCUGGUGGAGAUUUCAUCCAGCUUAGCCCAUGCCUCAGAGCAUGACAAAGGCUGGGCCCACCUCCCCGCACACAUCCCCACUUCCCUGUUUGGGGGACAGACUCCCUUUCCUCUUGCUGCUUUUCAAGUUGCAGUGUGGAGCCAGUGCUUCCAGGGAGUUCUGGGAGAAGGCAGGCUUGGGGACUGAGGCCAAAGAUAAUCAACAACAGAUAGUAUAACAUUGGAUUACUCAGGAUGGGCGAGGUUCUGCUGCAGUAACAAACGACCUCCAAAUUUUAGCAGCUUAAAAAGGAUCAGGGUUAUUUCUUAUUCACACUCUGUGUCCAUGGGUGGGGGGUAGGGGGUGAGUGGAAGGGCAGGCGAAUGUUUUAAACCAUCUUCUCUCAGGGGCAGGCUGAGGGAGGCUCUUCAUUGUGUUUCUGCAACUCCUACUAGAGAAGGCAAAGGAAGGGUGACAGUGAUCACUGGCUCUUAAAAGUUCAACCACACCCCACUGCUGUGGCUCAGUGGUUGAGCAUCAUCCUAAGAACCAGGAGGUCACGUUCAAUUCCUGGUCAGGGCACAU